AUGCAUCAUCCAGGAGAUAGCCUUAUGGGAAUCAUUGUCUCCAUAUAUAACCUUGGCUGCUUCACAGGGUGUAUCUUCAACUUUGUUGUCGCGGAAUGGCUGGGACGGCGGCGGGCCAUGUGGGUUGCAAUGACAUGGAUAAUUAUUGGUGCCUCGUUGCAAACAUCAGCAUUUUCUGUUGCCCACCUGAUGGUAGGGAGGUUUGUCACGGGCAUUGGCACGGGCAUUGAGACCUCCACCGUUCCCAUGUAUCAAGCCGAGUUAUGCGAGGCUUCGAAGCGCGGCAAACUGGUGUGCAGUGAGCCUUUGCUUGUCGGCGUGGGAAUUGUCAUCAGCUAUUUCUUCGACUACGGAAUGAGCUUUGUUGGUGGUCAGAUUGCCUGGCGACUGCCCAUUGCGUGUCAGUUGAUCUUCGCUUUCGUUGUGAUUAUUCUGGUCUUUGGGCUGCCGGAGUCUCCCCGAUACUGUUAUAAGGAACAGCGCAACGACGAAGCGCUCCAGAUUCUAAGCGAUGUCAAUGGUCUUCCAAAGGACGAUCCCAAGAUCGUGGCAGAACAGAAAGAGAUUCUUGAGGCGCUCGAACUUGAGACAAAACAUGGGGGGUAUAAGUGGAGCUACUUCAUACCCACAGUUCUCAACAGUAACGUCGGCCUCAGCAAGAACCUCUCGCUCAUUAUCGGAGGCUGCGUACAAAUCAUGUUCGUCAUCGGCAGCUUCUUCCCUACCUUCUUCGUGGACCGUGUCGGCCGUCGGGUCCCCAUGAUGUGGGGCUCCUUUGGCUUAGGGCUCUGUAUGAUGAUGGUAUCCAUUCUCCUGAGCUUCAAGGGAAAGGCAAACGAGCAUGCAACGUCCUCAGCCUCCGUUGCGUUCUUCUUUCUCUACAUGCUCAUCUUCGGCGCAUCUGUCAACUGCAUCCCUUGGGUCUACGUGCCGGAGAUCCUGCCUCUUCACGCCAGAGCGAAAGGAACCGCCGUGGGGAUUUCUUCGAACUGGAUCUGGAAUUUCUUCGUUGUCAUGAUCACACCCAUCAUCAUCAACCGGCUGCAGUGGAAGGCUUACUUGAUAUUCAUGUGCACGAACUUUGCCUUCGUGCCGUUGGUAUAUUUCUGCUAUCCUGAAACAGCCAAUUUGACGCUGGAGGAGAUCGAUUAUCUCUUCACCAAUCCACAGAAAACAGCCGUCAAAAUUUCGAAUGAACUUCACAAGGAGAGAAAGAGGCAUGGGCAUACAAGCCUUGCUCACAUCAAUGCACGGGGACGCGAUAGAUCAGUGAUUGAAGACACUCAGGAGAAGGCUCCUGCCAUCUCCUGGCGAACAUCUUGA